AUGGACACCUUGCACGAACUGACUCGCGAAGACAUAUUGGAGCAAUUCAAAAGGAGGGAGCUGCAUUUGACAAAUGCAAAGGAAUUGACGCUAGAUGAACUACGGGUGAUAUACAAAGGAUUCAUUGUGCCGCUGCCGCGCCGCGAGCCACGGGAUCGCCGUCCCCAGAAACCCAUGGAGAUCGAUCAGCUAACGGAGCGCAUUAAAGUGGUGUCCAUGGUUGGAGGCAAGCGACCGAUUGCGGAAGAACCCUGUUGCUCCAAUCAAUCUAGUCAUGAAGCCAAGCAAAUCAAGAUGGACCUCCAUUGA